UAAUCUCAACUGCAUGUUGUGGGUAACCCACCAAUCCAAAGGUAGUUGAAGCCAUUCAAAACCCCCCACCCUCUCUUCCUCCUAAUAUCUGUUUUAGGGUUUCCUUCACCCUUUGAUCAACAACCAUGGAUAUUGAAUCCACGGAGCUUCAAGACUGGGAGCUGCUCCACCCAAACUCACCUUCGGAUUCCGAGCUCGAUCUCAACUCAGCCAAAAACCACGAUACUUUCGUCGAAAUUGGCCAUGAAACAGAGGCUCUUAUUCAAACCAAUUACUUCUCCAUGGCUACUCCUUUUCAUGCUUAUGGUGUUGAAAAGGGCUCUGAGGAAUCAGAUAAUUCAGGUGAAUUCUGGUCUGAUGAUCAUCAAUUUGAGGGGGUAAUUGAUGUGGGUAUGCUAGAAAACCCGAAAGGACAACUGGGUCUUGGAGGAAUUGAUGAGAUGGGUGGUGAAAAUGAAGUGAAAUUAAGGGAACUUAAGGGUAUAACCGAGGUGGGUGUUGUGGAAAAUUCAAAAUUACGAAUGGGAUUUGGUGAAAUCGAAGAGAUGGAGAAUGAGGGUAAAGCCGAUGUGGGUGUGGUGCAAAACUCAAAAAUGGAAGUGGAUUUUGAAGAAAUUGAUGAUAUAGGUAGUGAGACUCGGAAGGAAUUUUGGCCUGAUUCUGAUGGAGUUGGACAUGGUGGUGUCAAGUUUGGGGAUGUUGAAGAGAUGUCAGAGUCUUGUGUAGAAGAAAAGGAGGAAAAUGAGACGGUUGAAGGUGAAAAGAGGGAUGAAAUUGUUGGAGUAGAAGUUAGUAAAGCAGGAGAUCAGAAGAGUAGUGUGGUGUGGUGGAAGGUGCCAUUGGAGCUUCUGAAGUAUUGUGUGUUCAGAGUUAGGCCUAUGUGGGCCUUCUCCGUAGCUGCUGCUGUGAUGGGGUUUGUGAUAUUAGGUCGUAGAUUGUAUAAGAUGAAGAAGAAGACCAAGGGCUUGGAGCUCAAAGUUACCGUCAAUGAUAAGAAGGUGUCUCAAUUCAUGAGUCGUGCUGCACGUCUUAAUGAAGCAUUUUCUGUUGUGAAGCGGGUUCCUGUGAUUCGGCCUCAGCUGCCAGCAACUGGAGUUUCACCAUGGCCUGUCGUGAGUUUGAGAUAGGGAGUGUAAUGUUUGUAAGGCAAAAUAUGAAUGUUAUGUAUAGUGGAAGAAGCAUGGUGUCCAUUUGAUAUGUGGCUGUGUUUUUGCUUUGCUAAUUUGUGUGUUCUGUGGAUUACGUUCUCAGUAUAUUCCUGAACAGUCUGAAGUAUAAAGCUAUGUAUAAACUCUUUCAUCUGUUUCCCAUAAGUUUCCUUGUUAUUA